AACUGUCUUUGAAUCCGAAUAAUGCUUUUAGUGUCGACUUUAUUGGCAAAGCAAUGUCUCCAAAGUCUAUUCAGACUGGCUUAUCCCGAACUUGCCGGCUAUGUCUUUACCGAAUUCUAUCCAAUCCUUCCUCGUUGAAGAGAUCUCUGGUGGUAAGCUAGGAGCCUCCCUCCGAAAAAAAAAACCCGAUACUGACAUUCCGUCAAAGAUUGACCAUAGGAACCGGAUAUCAAACUUCUUUGUCCCCACAGGAGGAAUCGCCUAUAAAAAAGAUAGCCAAAGUAAUGAUCAUUUAUUGCGACUGCGAUUCUGAUAAGGAAUCUAUCUCUGACAGUAAUCAGUGGAUGUUCAUUCUACCUUAAUCCGUGCGGGAUACGUUCGUCAGGUUAGCUCUCAGCCCAAGAUCCACACCAUACCCCCCGAAUUACGGACCGAAUGCGCUAAUGCGUUUCCACAUAGCCUUAUUCUGGAUUCUUUCACUAUCUACCUCUUGGUCAAAGAGUUCACCAAAAAUUAGAACAGUUAAUUGACAAACACAUGCGUAGUGUUGGUGAGUUUGACGAAAUCUUCAAUUGUCUGGCGUAUGUGUCUACUAACAUCUAAGAAGGCGCCUCCAAACUUGCCCUCUCUACCAUCUCUUCAGAGGAAUUAUGGCAAAGUUCUGGCAGAUUGGAGAAGGGUCUCAGUGAGGUACAAAUGCCAACAGGCAAGAAACCAAAUUAUACUAUAAUAUCCCUAACACAUUUUAGUUAUUCAGAUUCGAAGAUCGUAAAGAGUCUCGAUAUCUGCUUUCUCCUACUCACGAGGAGGAAAUUACGACUUUGGUUUCAUCCCUCGUAAAAUCACACAAGCAACUGCCACUAAGGCUCUAUCAAAUAAGUAUGGUAUCCUUGUCCGGCUUAAGCCAUUGAUCUAACUCGAGGGGGGACAGCUCGGAAGUACCGAGAUGAGAGGCGCCCUCGACUUGGUCUCAUGAGGGGGAGAGAGUUUACAAUGAAAGAUCUUUACACGUUUGAUGCUACAGAAGGCGCUGCUCUCGAAACCUAUAGAGAGGUGCAGGGUGCCUAUAAGGCGCUAUUCGAGGAGAUUGGCCUUCCGUAUAUACAUGUGAGACCUAUACUACUGCCCCCCGCCGAGCACUUUCUAACCAAUGAAAAGGCUGAGGCCGACUCCGGAAACAUGGGAGGUUCGCUAUCUCAUGAGUACCAUUUCCCCUCUCUCUCGGGAGAGGAUACUGUCAUAUCGUGCCGAAAUUGUGGUUACUGUGCCAACGAGGAAACCGCUCAAAUAGCUCCCCCAAAGCCCAUGCUAGAUCUCGCGGUUUCAAGAAUCGCUACAUUUCAUGGAAUCACUAAGGACCGCAAAACAUUAAUUAACAUUCAUUACCCCCGAUAUACGAAGGCUACUGAUGAUGGCGUAUUGAAUGAGGUCCAUGCUGGUAGAGUCAAGAGUGUCAUCAGAGAUUUUGACCCCAGUGUUAUGAACGCAUUGGAUCUAUGGUUUGACGCUUUUGUCGGCUACGCGCAUCUAGCAGAGGAAGGGUCAUAUUCCCGCGUUGUCAAUAUUUUUGAUGCACGCAUUCCUCCCUCGCACUACAAGGAUAUUCCCCCAAGUCGGUUCAGUAAGAUGAUCGAGAAGAAAUCUAUGGAAGAUUUCCCAAUCCCAACUGCUUCAAUAACUCUUGAUGACCCUGAAUUUGGCUCCUCCCUCAAUCUGUUAAAAACUCAAGACGGGGACGGAUGUCCGAAGUGCGGGGAAGGAAAGCUUGAAGCUACAGGAGCUAUAGAGCUGGGCCAUACUUUCCACCUUGGAACACGAUACACAGUCCCCCUACGAGCAGACGUUCUUAAUGGGGCUGGCGAAUGGAAGCCAAUGGUAAUGGGGUGUCACGGCAUUGGGGUAUCGAGAAUGAUUCCGGCCAUCGCCGAAGUCUAUAGUGACCACAACGGGCUUUGUUGGCCCCGAGUCGUUGCCCCGUAUGACGUUGCCCUAGUUCACGGAUCCGUGAAGAAAAACGCGGCGGUGCCACCGAAAGAAGACAUAGAAGCAGUAUACGAUGUUCUAGUUUCUGGGGGCUUGGUGGGUGGGACUGAUGUGGACGUUAUUCUAGAUGAUCGGGACAAAGAUAUUGUCUGGAAGCUUAAGGACGCCGUCCUCGUGGGAUAUCCAAUCGUGUGUAUCAUGGGAAAAUCAUGGGUAAAUUCCAGGAAGGUCGAGAUCGAAGUCAGGAAGACAAAAGUAAAGUUGGAGGUCGAACUUGCCGAUUUGAGGACAGUCAUUGAAGGACUUCUUAAGGAGCUGUAG